CGCCAUGAGCCGACCGAAGUAGCUCGUAGCCGGGCAGCGGGGACAGAAACAAAGAUGGCGGCUUCUGGUGCGGGAGUUGUUGCUAUGGCGUCCUGCAGGAGGUAGGGCCUGACCCACCCCCCAGGGCCUCGGAGGGGGUGGGCACCCUCCAUGGGCCUCAGCCAAUGGGAAUCUCCACCUGGACAGCCACCGUGGAGGGGUGUGAGCUUGGUGCUGGUGGGGAAGAGACGCUCGCAGCUUGUGAGAGGGUUCUCCUCUCCAUUGUCUCUACGAUGCCCCAGGCCUCUGAACACCGGGUCAGCCGGGCUAGAGAGCAGGUCAUCACAUCUCAGCCCAAGGCCACCACCAAGCUCCUGAACGGACACCGGGCUGUGAGCCAGGAGCGCCACGCCUCAGUCUCCCCUGCACUGGCCAAUGGGCUCUCCAUGGCUCCCAAGCUUCGCCCGCUGCCUCCCCGGCCCAGCCCACUGGACGAUCGGGGGAAGAAACAGGAACUCGAAAGGGGCCGUGCUUCGAAGCGCAGCGACCAGCUGCGGGGCUCAGUGCCCCGGCGAGGGCCAGUGAAGGCAGACCAUGCGGUCAAGGUGCCCAAGUCCCCACAGCCUGGCACCAUGUCAGGCAGCGCCUCCUUCUCCAUGCCAUCAGGAGUGUUGCUGGUGGAACGAGACUCUGAGCGCAGGAGGAACAAUCUCGCCCGCUCCAAGUCAAUCAGCAUUGGGGACCUGAGCCAGGCAGGGGGGCGAGGGGAGGAGUUGAACAUGGUGCUCAGCCGCCUGGUGCUCCGGGACCGCAGCCCACCGUGCAGCCAAAAGCUGGGCCUGGGGCCCUUGGCUCUCCAGCGGAGCUCCUCGCUCAGGAGGGUCAGUGUGUCUCCUGGGCUGGAUGGGAGGCCUGCGGGCACACUGCUCUCUGUCCGCACUGAGGGCUGCACCAGGACUCACACCCCCGAUCCUCAGGUCUCCGAGUACCUGCACCCUCAGGAUGUCCCAGUGGAUGGGAGCCCAACCCAGGGCAAGGUACCAUCUCCAGCUCUGAACAGGCCCGACAAGAAGGUGUCUGCUACACACCACACCCUCCUCCUGGGCUCUGGGCACAUCGGACUUCGCAAUCUUGGCAACACGUGCUUCAUGAACGCUGUGCUCCAGUGCCUGAGCAGCACCAAGCCUCUGCGCGACUACUGCCUGCGCAAGGAGUUCCUCCAGGAGCAGCCCAGCACCUCACGGGCCCAGCAGGAGCUCACGGAAGCAUUUGCAGAUGUCAUCAGUUCCCUGUGGCACCCAGACUCCACUGAAGCUGUGGACCCUGGGCGGUUCAAAGCUGUCUUUCAGAAAUACGUCCCGUCCUUCACAGGCUACAGCCAGCAGGACGCCCAGGAGUUCCUGAAGUUUUUCAUGGAUCGGCUGCACGUGGAGAUCAACAGGAAGGGGCGCAAAACUCCCAGCAUCCUCUCUGAUACCAAAUGGCCCUUGGUGCUAGAGGACUCGGACCCCCUGAGUGAUGACGAACGAGCCAACCAGAUGUGGAAGCGCUACCUGGAGAGAGAGGACAGCAAGAUAGUGGAUCUUUUCGUCGGCCAGCUGAAAAGCUGCCUCAAGUGUCAGGCCUGUGGCUACCGCUCUACCACCUUUGAAGUCUUCUGUGACCUCUCCCUCCCCAUCCCAAAGAAGGGCUUUGCUGGGGGGAAGGUCUCUCUCCUCGACUGCUUCAGCCUUUUCACCAAGGAAGAGGAGCUGGAUUCCGAGAACGCUCCGGUCUGUGACAAGUGUCGGCAGAGGACAAGAAGCACCAAGAAACUAACCAUUCAGCGCUUCCCCCGCAUCCUGGUGCUGCACCUGAACAGGUUCUCCACCACCCGGUACUCCAUCAAGAAAUGCUCUGUCUUCGUGGACUUCCCUCUGCAGCGACUCAACCUGAAGGAGUUUGCCAGUGAGAAGGCUGGGAGCCCAGUGUAUAACCUCUACGCCCUGUGCAAUCACUCGGGCAGCGUGCACUAUGGUCACUACACCGCCUUCUGCAGGGACCAGUCCGGCUGGCGGGUCUACAACGAUUCCCGCGUGUCCCCACUCAGCGAGAACCAGGUGCCAUCUAGUGAGGGCUACGUGCUCUUCUAUGAGCUGGACGACCAUCACGGGAAGAAACAAUGAAGUCUUGGACCCUGGCGCCUGCGCCACAACCCUCUUACCUCAGAGACUGAGCCCAGCUCUCUGGGAUCCUCAGCCCCACACAGGCGUGGAGGCAGUGUGGGGGAUGAGCAGCCCACCUGCUCACCAGUGCCUGGGGGAGGAUGGGACGUGCUGACCCGCUGGACAGGGGCAAGGGGCCUGGCCUGCCCAUCGCUGGGUGCGUGGGGAAGGGGCCUAGCAUGGCCCCUACCCUCCUAUUCUGACACAGCAUGGGGGCUUUGUUCACACAGUGAGGCUGUAAAUAAACCCUAGAGCUACCCUCCAGGCAGGAACUUUUUGUGAAUAAAUUUACUAAGAAAAGUG